GUAUGAUUCGACGACGCACGAUGCAGUCCGAGCAGACUACGCACAAGGUGCUUGUGACCAGGCACAACCCAUACCUGCUAGAAAAGCUUGCCCAACAUCCUUGGAUUGAAGUCGACUGCUUUGAACAGAGUACAACAGCGAUUCCUCCAGGUGACCUGGAGGCACGCGCGAAGGGCUGUGCUGGAAUCAUCUGCAUGAUCUCAGACAAGAUCGAAUCCAACGUUCUCGACAGUGCUGGUUCGUCGCUCAAGGUCGUCUCGACGAUCUCUGUGGGGUUCGACCACAUCGACGUCAGGAGCUGUCGCGAUCGAGGGAUCCUUGUAGGGCACACGCCUGGGUGCCUUUACGAGUCUACCGCCGAGCACGCCGUGGCGUUGACGUUUGCGGCCAAGCGACGUCUCUUUGAGAGCUACGCAGGAGCUCGCAACGGCGAAUGGGGUGUGGUGCAAAUAUUCUGCGGCACAGACGUGUCCAGGAACACUAUUGGCAUCAUCGGCAUGGGCGAAAUCGGGCGUACGUACGCCCGCUUCAUGCAUCGCGGAUUUAACUGUCGCAUUCUGUACACGGGGCCUCGCGAAAAGCCCAACGACGUAGACGCCGAGUUUGUGGACCUGGAGACGCUUCUCCGGACCAGCGACGUCGUGUCCAUCCAUUCGCCGCUCAACGAAGCCACGACAUGCAUGCUCAACGCGUCGUGUUUUGCGCUCAUGCAGCCACAUGCGGUGCUCAUUAACACCGCCAGGGGAGGCAUCGUCGACCAAGAGGCUCUCGCGCAUGCCUUGGCCAGCGGCCAGAUUGCCGCGGCCGCACUGGACGUCACGGUGCCUGAACCGUUGCCCCUCGACCACCGCCUGUACGACCUGCCCAACUGCAUUGUCGUGCCGCACAUUGGGUCCGCCACCGUGGCAACGAGACAUCGCAUGGUCGAUCGAGCCGUGGAGAACCUCAUCGCAGGGUUCAUUAGCGCUAUCUUGCCGUAUCCGGUUCCAACUCGUUAACGAUACAUAGUAACUCACUUAUCGCAUGGCAGUGCUUCGAUGUGGUUUGGGGGCUUGGGGGGGAUGUUUGCGAAGAUGCGUAAUCAAGUGCGGGUUCUUCUUCAUCCAGUCGCGGAUCUUGGGAAGUGCAUAGUCGUACCCAAUCUGCACUGUGAGCUCAAGCUUGUCAAAGUCUAGGGUGCCGAUGUCCUGGACCGGGGGCUUGAAGAACAGGUCCACGUAGUGGUUGAUGACGUAAUCCUUGUUUUGGUAGAACGCAGCGUACGCAAGGGCGUCGGUGAUCUCGCCCAUGGACGGCACUUGCACCGUGGGCGCGAACGGGUUGACCUUAUUCCAAAAUACCCACCACCCCGACAGCGAGUCGCCAUAAUGAAAGUACUCGCGCGUAGUAUCGCGGCCAACGUCGACGGCAAACACGAUCUUGACACCUUCCUCUUUCAUCACGUCCGCGGGGAGGUUGUUCACGUACCCGCCAUCCAGCAAGAGCGAUCCAUUCGGCUCGGAAAUCGGCGGUAAGUACCCCUGCAACGACAUGGACGCGCGCACGUAUCGCCACAGCGUGCCCGCGCGAUGCACCCCCGUGCAUUUCUUGACAAUGUCGGUGGAAAUGCAAAAGAAAUUCAGCACCAAGUCCUACACGCCAUUCUUCAGCUCAUCGACAUCCCAUACUCAUACCCCCCCCCUUCAAUGCAUAAUGUACA